AUGGUAAUCCCUCGCUCCCUUCCGGCUGUGCUGGGCGUCAUUUCGAUUCUGCCGACCGCGGCUAUCCUGGCGAUACACAGCAUCCUUGCUCGAUCACGGGAAGACCGGGCUCCUGCGGUCAGAACCACGGCCAUCAUUGCCGCCAUCCUCGAAGCCACUGUUCUUGCCGCCGUCACCGGUCUCACCUGCGCGCAUAUCGGCCCUUGGUCAGCACGAUGGGCGAAAUUCAACGGGCUGUUGUUCGGGGCAGGCUUGUUCCUAUGCACAGUCGCUGCCGCUGUGUCAGUGGCCAACAUGAUCUGCCUGAGCAAGGUUGAUGAGGAUCCUGAGAGCACAAUUCUGGGCUCUGGCGCGACAGGCUUCCUGGUUGGUUCAUCGGUCGUCCUCGGCCUUGCUUUCGCAACACAGCUUGUUUUCUUGGUCUUCCACUUUGUUGCUGGGACAGUUCGAGGGCCACGGAUCAAGGUGACUGUACACAAGGACCAGGACCGAAGCAGAUCGCCUCCCCGGGUGAAAUCGAUUGCCUACCACGAGACCAGCCCAAGUCUUGUUUCUGGGAAAGCCCGCGGCAGCGCAUCAUUCGAGAAGACACCGCCUGGAUCCAGUGCCGGACGCUCGACAGCAGAGACGAUAAGCUCCUUUCGAAGCUCGCUAUCAAACGUGGUCCGGCCCAUCUCCUCCAAGACUCGUUUGCUGUCUCAACGAGGGGGCCGUCCAGCCUCGUUAGACCUCCCAUCAUUCCACGAACAGACAAGAACGACGGAGGAAGGGUUCGAUUCAUGGGAUACAUCGGCGGUUGAUCCACAAAACCGACAGACCGUCUUGGAAUCGUCUUCACCACCGCUGGGCCGUUUCCUCGAGACAAUACCGGCUAGCCCCACCACCAGUCGAAGUCCGAGCCCUGGCACACCGUUAGACCUCUUGGAGCCCCCUUCUCGCACCAGAAGACGAAGCCGAACAUUGAGUCCAGCCCCAAGCAGAGUGUCCCAGGCACAGCGGACAGCCUUUACACAACAUUCUACACAGAGCGAGUCUCACAUCCACCCGCUCUUCAGAUCCGAUUCGCCUAUUCCUCCACCACCCAUCGUAACACCAGGGACUGUUGUGGUUGCUGCACCAAACGGGGGACAGAUCCUCAGCGAUAGGCAAAGCAUCCGAAGUAUCAAGAGUCUCCGUCGAAUGCGAAGCGGGAGUCUUCCAGGCGUUCCAAGCCCAUUGAGUCGGCAAGGGUCCGUUGAAUCUUUCCACCGCAAACCUGAUACCCACUCACCAGAGAUUCGUGAGGAGGAUGAAUACCUGACCCCCGAGGGGACGACACCGGUGCUGGAGACGGAGCGGAAGAUGACACCGCCAAUUCCUGAUUGGAUUCUGUCUGCCGGGUCUCGGACGAGCCUGACCACCUACCACAGCCGGAAGAUCCAUCUUCCAUGCUCAAGUGAAGAAGCUUCUGGUGGCGCUGCACCCAGCCCGCAGUAG